AUGAAUCUGACAAGAAUCUACCUGAUCUACGGAACCCUCAACAAAAUCACGUACCGCCACAGGGCCAAAUACGAGGCUCUCAUGAUGUCUGUCGAUGAAGCUCGCAAACUUGAGCAGACCUCUCGUCAACAGAGCCAAAGCACAACGUGGAGGGCUGCUCGCAAAAACCGCUUGACUGCAUCUAACUUUGGUGUUGCUGUAACACGUGAAAAGUGGACCGAAAAAGGCCUACAAAACCUCACCACUGAGAGAGAUCUGUCAAGAGUAAGGGCCAUACAGUAUGGAGUUUCAAGUGAAGCCGUGGCAGUACAGCAGUACGAAAGAACGCUGCACACCAUCAGGCACAACAUUCAGACCUUUCACUGCGGCCUUGUCGUGGACCCAGGAUGUCCGUGGCUUGGUGCCUCUCCUGAUCGUGUGGUAUGGGACCCAGAGGAAGAGGAACCUCAUGGCAUCGUAGAAAUUAAGUGCCCCUACUCGAUGAAAGAUCUUAAAGCCCCAUGUACUCAAGGCUCAUGCCUUGUGAAGGACAAUCGUGGUACCUACAGGUUGAACCGCACCCAUUAUUACUUUUAUCAGGUCCUUGGGCAGAUGGCCAUUACAGGGUUGACUUGGGGUGACUUUGUUGUGUAUGCUCCGCAAUUUCUUGUUGUCGAAAGAAUUCGAUUCAACGAAUCUGAGUGGCAGAAAUGCAAAAAUAAAUUAGACAGCUUUUAUUUCUCGACGCUUCUGCCGUACCUGGCAAAAAAGUCGUGCAAUGUACAGGAUGAUUCUUGA